AUUUAUAAAAAGUAUAUUUUUAUUCCGAAUUUAUAGUGAGUAGAUAGAUAACCGUCAAAUAUAAGUACCUUAUUUGCAAAAAUGAAUAACGACAUGAAACUUUACCCUUCAACAAAUUUUCGCAACGAAAACGGUACUGGGGAUUCUAUGUGGAAUGCUCUUACUUUAAUUGCGAAUGAAAUACAAAAGUUUAGAUUGGAGUCUGAAGCAGGAAAGAAUCCCGUGCAUAAAAAUGAUGCACAUUUCGAAACUUUUUUGAAAACGAAUGCAACAAAAGUUCUAACAAAAGCAACAAAUUGCAGUAAUGCAACAAACGUUGAUACGAAAAAUAGCCAGCUGAAAAAACUAAAAGAGCACCUUAGGACCGUAUGCGAUAUUGCAAAAAUAGUAUUGUCAGCCAAAAACAAUGAAACGGAAAGUCUCAUGAAUAAACUGAAAAACUUAUCAAGGAUUAACGCCGAAAAUCUGAGUUUGAUACAACAAUUGCGAAUGGAAAAUUACAAUACGAACAACGAUGUGCAAUUUCUUAGUAACUUUAUCCAUAUGGCUUAUCAAAAACUACAGAAAAUGCGUAAUGAAAUACCUAGAGAUAUGCCGUUUAUGGAGGAACUGAAGAUUAUCCUACUCGCUUGUGGGCAAUACUAUCUAGACUAUUGCAACGCGCGCGAUCAAUGCGCUCAACUUAAACAACGCAAUAGAUUUCUGACAAGUAAACUAAACAUUGUAGAGAACAACUUAGCCGCUACUACCGAAGGAUUGCGCAAUCUUAGAAAUAUAAACAUGAAACUCAAAAUUAAAUGUGAUAUGCAUCAAAAACACGGAAAAGAAUUCUCGAAAAAACUUGUAAAUGUAAAAACGAGCGUUAAUGAAAAUAUUUUUUUAGGCGGUGGGAAUAAAAGUGAUUACUAUGGAUAUAAUGCGGGUAUACCGAAAGAUGUUGAAUGUAAACAAAAUAUAAAUAUUUCUAACAAAAGUCUAUGUUUAACAUCUCAUUUCGAAACUGUUAAUAAUCUCCUUCUAGAUCAGGAUAUUAUGUUGAAAGAAUUAAAGAAAUUGUAUUUAGAGGUUCGGCGAAGUUGUAAUUGA